UUUUGCACAGCAGGAAAAUCGAAACGUAAACAAUCAACAGGAAUGCAGGCAGAUGCCCGCUGUCAGUCGGGUUUCCAAACGCAACCAGUUUUUUAAUAGGAAUGUUAAUAUAGACAUAGAAUAUUUGAAUUCAGGAUUUAAUCUUAUACACACUUACUUUGAUAGCUAAGCGUUAUCGUAUAAUCAUUCAUAUUAUUUUAUUUACAGAAAAAAUUUCUGUAUUUUUCAUAAUGCCACGGGAAAAUUCGAAUGGGAAACCUGAUAUUAUUAUAAUUCUCAGUGGGAAAAGAAAAUGUGGUAAAGAUUAUGUUGCAAAUAUUUUACUUGAAAGAUAUGGGAAGGAUGAUGCUGUAAUUCUUCGAUUAUCCGGUCCACUUAAGGAGAGAUAUGCUUUGGAAAACAAUCUUAACUAUGAAAAACUCUUAGAUUCUUCUGAAUAUAAAGAAAUAUUUCGGGAAAAAAUGAUCAAGUGGGGAGAAGCCAUUCGAAAUCAGGAUCCAGGUUACUUCUGUCGUCAUGCAAUCCAACAAUCUUGUGCCAAAUCCAAACGAAUAUGGAUUGUAAGUGAUGCAAGAAGAAAAACAGAUAUUGAGUUUUUCAAAACAAACUAUCCUGAUGAGACAUAUACUGUUAGGAUAAAUGCUUCUGAUGUGGUUCGUCAAAAAAGAGGCUGGAAUUAUGCUAAGGGUGUUGAUGAUUGUGAAUCUGAAUGUGGACUGGAUGAUUACAAUCAAUGGAAUCUUGAAAUUUAUAAUGACAACGAUGAACAAAUGUUGGAAGGAAUACAGAAAGUUUUUCUUUCAACAAAAAUAAAUGUUAAAUGAAUAUCUUCCAUAUUUAUUUAUUAUAUUUUGAAUCUAUUUUCUAUAUAUAGUAUAUUUUAUAAAAUAAAUGUAUUUGUUAAUUUUU